UGAGAGGAAACAGGGACUCGAAGAAAGCAAGAAGCAGAAGAGGAGGAAAGCUCUCCCCAGGCGGUGUGGAAAUGCCUGCCCUUCGGCCCUCGCUCCUCGCUGCCCUCCAGCUCUGCUGCCUCUGCCAGAUAGAACUGGUUUCUGGAUACUUUAGACAGCAGCGGAAAUCUCUUGAAGUAGUUGAUUGGUCCUAUUCAGGAGCACUAAAUCAAACAAGCUGGGGGAAAAAAUAUCCUGCAUGCAAUGGUGCCAAACAAUCACCUAUUAAUAUUGAUGAGGAUCUAACUCAAGUGAAUGUGAAUCUUAAGGAUCUGAAAUUCCAAGACUGGGAGAAAGAAACAUCAAAAGAUACUUUAAUCUACAACACAGGCAAAACAGUGGAAAUUAAGCUGAUAAAUGAAUAUUUUGUGACUGGAGGAGGCUUAGAAGGAGUAUUUAAAGCAAGCAAGAUAAUGUUUCACUGGGGAAAAUGCAAUAUAUCUCAAGAUGGAUCUGAACAUAGCAUAGAUGGACAAAAAUAUCCUCUUGAGAUGCAAAUCUACUGUUAUGAUCCUAAUCGGUUUGCAGAUAUUGAUAAGGCAAUUGAAGGAAAUGGAAAAUUAAGGGUGUUAUCCAUUUUAUUUGAGGUUGGUCUCGAAGAUAAUGGGGAUUACAAUUCAAUUAUUGAUGGAGUGGCCAGUGUUAGUCGUUUUGGGAAGAAAAGUGAACUUGAACCCUUCAUCUUGUCUAACCUUUUGCCAAAUUCAACAAACAAAUAUUACACUUAUAAUGGAUCUUUAUCAACUCCCCCCUGCUCCGAAUCGGUUGAAUGGAUUAUAUUCAAAGACACUGUUAACAUUUCAGAAAAUCAGCUGACAGUAUUUUGUGAUGUCCUCACCAUGCAACAGUCUGGUUAUGUGAUGCUGAUGGACUACCUGCAAAAUAAUUUUAGAGAGCAACAGCUUAAGUUUUCUGGCCAGGUGUUUUCCUCAUAUACUGGACAGGAAGAAAUUCAUGAAGCAGUUUGCAGCUUGGAACCAGAAAAUGUUCAAGCUGAUCCAAAGAACUAUACCAGCCUUCUUGUUACUUGGGAAAGGCCACGAGUUGUGUAUGACACGAUGAUUGAGAGGUUUGCUGUUUUUUACCAACAGUUAGAAGGAGAAGACCAGAAAAAGCAUGAAUUUCUAACAGAUGGGUAUCAGGACUUGGGGGCCAUACUGAACAAUCUCUUGCCUAAUACAAGCUACGUUCUCCAAAUAGUUGCUAUUUGUGCUAAUGGUCUCUAUGGAAAAUAUAGUGAUCAAGUCAUUGUUGACAUGCCUUUAGAUGAUCCAGAAAUUGACUUUCCUGGAAUACCUGAAGAUUAUGAGGAGGAAGAAAUGGAAGAGACAAGGGAAGGAGUGGGUGAAGAAGCUGCCGUAAUUUCCAGCACUGAUAGUAUGACAAAUCAAAUAAGGAAAAAGGAGUUCCAGUUUACUACAUCUAGCUACGAUCAAGAAAGAAUGGGAACAAAAUUCAAUGAAGCAGGAACACACAAAUAUGUAACAAGAGAGGAAGAUGCUCAUGGAAAAGACGACCAAUCUAAAACAUUUUUUCACCCAACUUCUGAAUCUAUUGCUGAAGGACCAAAGAAAGAACAGGAUGAUUCUGUUGAAUCUCAGUCAGCAACUGCAAGUAGCUCCACCAAAGGUAAUGAGGAAGAGUAUGCACAUGCUUUUUCUGACAAUGAGGCAAGAGCACCUACUACAGAUGGUAUUGAAGAUGAUAUAGAGGUGUCUGCCUUUAAACCUGAUCCAGACACCGAUGACUCUUGGAGUUCUAUUCAUACCACCUCUCCUUCAUGGUUAGUUACUGUGGAGACAGCCCAAGAAAGCAUUGUUAGUUCAGGAAGCCCAGAAAAAAUGCAUGAUGAUCUCUCUCAAGACUAUAUUAAAAUUCUGUCAGAAGAUGUCACACCUCCAAGUGCUGAAGAUUCUGCAGAGAAGGUGCUUGAAGCCAAUGGAAAUUUGUGGUAUCACAAUGGCACAACCAUACCUUAUCCCGGUGGUCCACUGGUGUCACAAGAGUCUUCAACUGUGGAUAUAGAAUUGCCACAUUCUUCUACCUUUGCUUUCUCCCCUACUGAGUUGUCACCAUACUCUGCUUCUUCAAAUUCUGAAGAACAUGGCUCUGCUUCUUCUGCCAAUGAGGUACUUUCUCAGACAACACAACCAGUGUAUAAUGGUGAGAUACCACUUCAACCUUCCUACAGUAGUGAAGUGUUUCCUCUAGUCACCCCUUUAUUGUCUGGCGCUCAGAUGCUCAACACUUUCCCUGCUGCAUCAAGUAGUGAUGUGACCUUGCAUGCUACGCCUGUAUUUCCCAGUGUUGGUGUGUCAUUUGAAUCCACCUUGUCUUCCUAUGAUGAUGUGCCUUUGCUUCCAUUUUCCUCUGCUUCCUCCAGUAGUAAAGUGUUUCACCGUCUGUAUAUGGUUUCACAAACAUUUCCACGAGCUACUCCAGCUGUUGAGAAUGAUCAGGUGUCCCUGCAUGCUCCUUUGACACUGCCAGAGGCUGGCACAUUAAUGCAGACACGCCUCACUCAGUAUUCUGAUGUGACAUCACAUCAGACAGUCGGUGCAGCUUCAGAGACAUUGAUAUUUGGUCAUGAUAGAACUCACUUGUCUCAAGUUGAACCAUCCAGCAGUAGUUCAAAUAUGCAUGCACUGCCUACAAUGUCUGAACUUACUUAUGCUUUGUCUAGUAAUAUGAGCUCUCUCAAAACUGUUGCUGCUUCCUAUUCUUCAGAGUUUGUGCAUGAGUCUGUUGGCACAUCUCACCAGGGUCCGUUAUUUAGCAGCUAUAGCAAUGUGCUGAUGCAUAAACCUUCUUCUGCAAUCUCGCAAGCUGAUUCUUUGCUGCAGCCUACUAGGUCUCUUUCUAGUGAAAUGGAUUGGUCUGAAGCAUAUUCUGGUAGUGAGUCCCUUUUGCCUGACACAGAUAUUUUGCCAAUGCUUAAAAUGUCUUCGCAUGAUUCUUCAGGUGAAUUGAUAAGCACCACACCUGGGAUUACUGGUGAUAUUGAAACGCCUCCAAAAAAUGGUGUAAUAGAUGCAUCUGACAAGGAACUGCAAAUUUCUUCUUCUUUCAGUGAAAUGCCUUCUCUUGCUGAAAUUGAAAUGGCUGAACUUACAACAACAGUUUCUAAUGAUGAGAUUACUAAGCAGGAUGCAACUUUACAAGAAAUCCUCGUUACUGUUUCUAGUGCAAAGGGAAUCCUUCCAGUAUCUAUUGCUUUUCCUGUUACUAAGGUGUUUGAUUAUGAUGCUAGAAAACUUGCAGAAAGUCAUGUUCCUAUUCAGCCUUUGCAUGUUACAACGCCAGCCUUUGAUGACACUUUGCUUAAGCCUCAGCUUAAUGUAUUCUCACAGCCAGCUUCUCUUACCCCUGCUUCUAGCAAAAUAUUGCAUCCUUCCACUGAGCAGUAUUUUAAUGAGGCUUCAGCUAUAUUAAAAAAUGAUGCAUUGCCGCAAACUUUCUUUCAGUCUUCUCAUGAUGAUAAACAGCUUAGGUCAACUAUAACUGAUUCGAGCGAUCCAGUAUUGACUGAAAAUAACAGGAGGCCUAAUAAUGGUAGUUCUGUAUUUGACCAAAUGACACUAGAUUCUGCUGCAAAUAAUAAAAAAAUGCAUUCCACAUCAGCGCCAUCUGCUGUAAAUACAUCAUAUACUACCAGUAGCCUUACAAAUUUGCAAGGUUUAACUCUUGGCUAUAUCAGUGAUGAACACAGUUCACCCAGAUUGCCCAACAGUGAAGAUGUACACCAGGAUGCUCCCUCAUUGUACAGUAAUGAUGUGUCACAUCAGUCAACCAGAGUAGAAAAUAAAAGUGUUCCUUCCUUCAAAGUGGUGAACACAAUGGCUGCCCCUGUCUUGCCAACUGAUACACUACCAAAUGUAGCCACAUCUGCUAAUAACAGUAGUCUUCCAAAUGUUUCUCAAAAGGAUGUAAUUCUCACUUCUUCUGCAAGUACUAAUACUGUUGAUACUGGAGUUCCUGUGCCUGAAACAAUUUUUGAUUCUAUUAAGCAUAAUUUUAAAAGCACACCAGAUAAGCAGAUUUCUUCUACAGUUGAUUCUGCUAGAACCAAAGCCAGCACAAUUUUAAAGACUUUAUUAGUUCCCACUAAAGUAACCACAGAGAAAUCCACAACAGCCAGUUCUAUUACAGAUUUGUGGUCCUCUAUUGUUGAUGAAGAUUAUGACGAGUAUGAUAGUAGCUUACCUGUGAAUGGUUGUCACAGAUGUCUUUCCCAUAGAGAGACACAAGAAGAGGUAGAUGAGCCAGAUACACAAGUAGAUAGUACAAACAAUCAAUAUAGCCUAAUUACAAACUCACAUUUUGAAACAUCUGAAGAAGAAGAGAAGAAAACCAUAACUGCCUUAUUGCAUCAUACAUUAACCAAUGAGAUGGACCAGCUGAAAUAUCCAUCAGUCCCAGCUGUGGCUUCAAACACAAAGUCUAAGAAACACAGUGAUUCAGCCAUAUUGAAUAACCAAAUCCAGACUUUUAGAGAUCCAUUGAAAAAAGGACCAGAAUCUAAAUCAUGGGCAGUUUUUACAAGUGAUGAAGAAAGCGGUUCGGGUCAAAGUGCCUCAGAUAGUAUUAAUGAUAAUGAGACUUCAACAGAUUUCAGUUUUUCUGAUGUUAAUGACCGUGACUCUGAAGGGGUAGUUGGAGCAGGUAAUGCAGACUUAACCUCUGGAUUGCAGCAGUCAUCAGUAGGAUCCAUCAAUAGUGGUCACUCAUCAGUAUUCAACGUUUCAGAGGCAGAGGCAAGUAAUAGUAGCCUUCAGUCGCGUAUUGGCCUCCCAGAACCGAAGACUGUUAUACCUCUUGUGGUCGUUUCAGCCCUGACUUUCAUCUGUCUAGUGAUUCUUGUUGCUAUACUUAUAUACUGGAGGAAGUGCUUUCAAACAGCUCACUUUUAUUUAGAAGAUAAUGCAUCACCUCGGGUAAUAUCCUCUCCUCCUGCACCAGUCUUCCCUGUAUCAGAUGAUGUUGGAGCCAUCCCAACAAAGCAUUUCCCAAAACAUGUUUUAGAUUUACAUGCCAGCAAUGGAUUUGCUGAAGAAUUUGAGACACUGAAAGAGUUUUACCAGGAAGUCCAGACCUGCACUGUAGAUCUGGGUAUUACAUCAGACAGUUCUAAUCAUCCGGACAAUAAAAAUAAGAACAGAUACAUAAAUAUUGUUGCCUAUGAUCACAGUAGAGUUAAGCUUGCUCAACUUACGGACAAAGAUGGAAAACUCACUGACUACAUUAAUGCCAAUUAUGUUGAUGGCUACAACAGGCCAAAAGCUUACAUUGCUGCUCAAGGACCUCUAAAAUCAACAGCAGAAGAUUUCUGGAGAAUGAUUUGGGAACAUAACGUAGAAGUCAUUGUUAUGAUAACAAACCUUGUUGAGAAAGGAAGGAGAAAAUGUGACCAGUACUGGCCAGCAGACGGUAGUGAAGAAUAUGGAAACUUUUUAGUUACACAGAAGAGCAUUCGUGUUCUUGCCUAUUACACUGUGAGAAAUUUUACUAUUAGGAACACAAAAGUGAAAAAGGGUUCCCAAAAAGGAAGGACUGGUGGUCGUGUAGUUUCUCAGUAUCACUACACUCAGUGGCCUGAUAUGGGUGUCCCUGAAUAUACUUUACCAGUACUCACAUUUGUCCGAAAAGUAGCAUAUGCUAAGCGUCAUGCUGUAGGACCAGUUGUGGUUCAUUGCAGUGCUGGUGUUGGAAGGACAGGCACAUACAUAGUGUUAGAUAGUAUGUUACAGCAAAUUCAAAAUGAGGGGACCGUCAAUGUAUUUGGAUUCCUAAAGCACAUACGAACACAGAGGAAUUACUUGGUACAAACAGAGGAACAGUAUAUCUUCAUUCAUGAUGCACUAGUGGAGGCCAUACUUAGCAAAGAAACAGAAGUACCUGAGAAUCAUAUCCAUGCCUAUGUAAAUUCACUUUUAAUUCCAGGAGCAAUGGGAAAGACAAGAUUAGAGAAACAAUUCAAGCUACUUAGCCAAUCUAAUAUUCAGCAGUGUGAUUAUUCUACUGCACUAAAGCAGAGUAACAGAGAAAAGAACAGGACUUCAUCCAUAAUUCCUGUAGAAAGAUCAAGAGUUGGUAUAUCAUCGUUAUCUGGUGAAGGCACAGACUACAUCAAUGCUUCCUACAUCAUGGGUUACUAUCAAAGUAAUGAAUUCAUUGUUACCCAGCACCCCCUCCUACAUACUAUUAAAGAUUUCUGGAGAAUGAUAUGGGACCACAAUGCCCAGAUAAUUGUCAUGCUUCCAGAUAGUCAAAAUAUGCAGGCUGAAGAUGAAUUUGUAUACUGGCCAAACAAAGACGAUCCUAUAAAUUGUGAGAGCUUCAAAGUCAGUUUGAUUUCUGAAGAACAUAAAUGUUUGUCAAAUGAAGAGAAGCUAAUUAUCCAAGAUUUCAUUUUAGAAGCUACACAGGAUGAUUAUGUUCUUGAAGUGAGGCAUUUUCAGUGCCCAAAAUGGCCAAAUCCAGAUAGCCCAAUCAGUAAAACAUUUGAACUAAUAAAUGUUAUAAAAGACGAAACUUCCAACAGAGAUGGGCCCAUGAUUGUCCAUGACGAGCAUGGAGGAGUGACAGCGGGUACCUUCUGUGCAUUAACAACGUUGAUGCAUCAGUUAGAAAAUGAAAACUGUGUUGAUGUUUAUCACGUAGCCAAGAUGACCAAUUUGAUGAGGCCUGGAGUCUUUAUAGACAUUGACCACUAUCAGUUUCUCUACAAAACCAUUCUCAGUCUUGUUAGCUCAAGGCAAGAAGAAAAUCCUUCGGUAUCCAUAGACAGUAAUGGCUCAGCUUUACCAGAUGGCAAUGCAGCAGAAAGCUUGGAAUCUCUAGUUUGACUGUGGGCAGAACAUGACCGACCAUGAUUAUCCAGAGCUGGAAAUUUCAGUAUGACUACAUUUCUUUCUUUUUUAAAAAAUGGGGGGAAUUAUCCAACUAGACAGAUAAUCUUUUUAUUUCUUUUCUUCAAACAGACACUGCAAAUGACUUAAUUACUGAACUUAUAUCAUUAACAAUGUGUGCCUUUUUGAAAUAUUUCUUGUAAUGCAUUUUGUUAUGUUUGAACUAACUUGAUCGAACUUUUCUGUGUUUCUACAAAUGAAAUUGUGGUCUCUUUUACAGUAUUAGUUUCUAAUUUCUCAGGCUUUAUUUUAACUUAAAUUUAAGGUUGUCAACAACAAACAUGUAAUGUUUUAGUAUCCCGUUUACUUGCUGUUAUUUAUAGCAUUCCUUACAUUUGUUAGAAAUUAAACUUUUAAUAUGGUAGAAUGUAAAUAUGCUCUUCUCUGUAAUAUUCCGCAUUUUAAGAUUUUGGUAGGCAUUUAGAAUAGCUGUUACUUACUGUAAAUAUUUCUAGAGUGGAUUCCAUGGACCAAAUUUAUAUUUAUAAUUGUAGAUUUUUAUAUUUUACUACAAAGUCAGUUUUCUAGUUCUGUGUAAUUGCAUUGUUAAAAUGAUGUAGUUCCGUACAUGUUAAAUUUUAACAAGCAUCUUCUGAUACGUUAUCAUGCAUCCUAAGUGAGUAACCGUAUCUCUGCAUGCAGUUUUAACUUUUGUGGGAAAUUGAAAUAUCCUUGUUUUGAGAUAAGAACUUUCUAUGAAAAUAACAUCUGUACUCAGCAUUGUUUAAAACAUUUUUAUCCAAUGAAUUGCAAAAAUAAAUAUCAGUACCUUGAAGGCACGUAA